AUGCGAAACUUUCAUGUGUUAAUUUUAUUACUAGUUCAAUUUGUAAAUUCACAACCAGAAAUUUGUGGUCGUUCUCAUAAUUUAGACAAUCUUAUCGAUAAUGGUAGAGUUAUCACUUUGCAGCAGCGUCGCGUAGUCGGAGGUAACGAGUCCACACCACACGUAUGGCCUUGGACCGUACAAUUAAUUUACGCCGAAACAAAAAUUCAUCGAUGUGGUGCAGCGCUUUUGAGCGAUGAUAUCAUUAUCACUGCAGCACAUUGCUUCUCUCGAAGUCGUAAUCCGGCACGUUAUACAGUUCUUAUUGGUGGUCAUGAAAUUGGUUCCGGAGAAAGCUAUCGGAUUCGUAAUAUUUCAAUACAUCCACUAUUUAACGUUUUUAUGCCAAGUUCAUUUGAUGUUGCCAUUGCCAGGUUACAUGGAAAAUUAAAUUUUAGUGAAAAUGUACUACCAAUAUGUUUACCGAUGCUGGAACCAUCAACAGCAGAUAGUUGCAUUGUUACCGGAUGGGGUUAUCAAGAGGAAAGUGGUAGUUUUUCAUCAAAAUUACGUGAGACACACGUUCCAAUCAUACCAAUCGUUGUUUGCAACAGUAUUUUGCACUAUUUCGGUCGUGUUGAUCCAUUAUCCAUGAUUUGUGCCGGUUCCGGUGGUGCUGAUGCUUGUCAGGGUGAUUCAGGUGGUCCGUUAAUGUGUUACAGUCGUAUACGUCAACGAUGGGAAUUACAGGGAGUGGUCAGUUGGGGUCACGGAUGUGGUCGAAACAAUAUUCCUGGAGUGUAUGCUAAAAUUAGGGCUGUCACUAGUUGGGUGAAUUCACAGAUGAAAUUACUUCAACUCAAUGAUAAUGAUAUUCUAUAG